CCUCAUCCCUGGUGUGGGAUGACGUCAAAUUCAAGAUGGAUGGAAUCACGACCAGCGCGGAGAAAUCUACACAACACUGAACAAAGUCCCGGCUACGUGGAGGAAAGACCGUAUUCACGACGGGCAGGCCAUGGAGAGCCUAGUGCAUUACAGUAACCCCUCCCACGCCCUGUCAUUGCUGGGGGCUCUGAAUGAGCAGCGACUGCGGGGACAAGCGUGUGAUGUGGUCCUGGUUGUGGGAGACCAAAGGUACCAGGCCCAUAAGAGUGUUCUGGCUGCCAGCAGUGAGUAUUUCCAGUCCCUUUUCUCGCGGAUGGACGCAGACUCGCUGACAGUUGUAAACCUGGACUUCUGUGAGCCGGACGCCUUUGAGAUCGUUUUGAAUUACAUUUACUCCUCCUCACUCUUUGUGGACAAAGGCAGCCUGGCAGCCAUUCAAGAGCUGGGAUACAGCCUCGGAAUCCCUUUCCUCACCAACAUUGUGUCAACAAGGCCACAUGCAUCCUACUGUGUGUCUAGAAAAAGGCUUUCGUUCUCAGAGGGGGAUGAGAAUGAUGUCCACACAAGGAGCGUCAUUGUGCGUCGGGUCCGGAAUGACACGGCCCAUCCCUCUCGCUCGAGUUAUCCGAGAAAAACAUCUGAGAGAUCGACAUCUCCCCACUCUGCUCAUGGGUCCACUCGGCCUCCCUCGGAACACAACUCGUACGAAUCGGUCAGAAACUCUGAGCCCAGCAGGAAGUCCCCUGACCGGGGUGAAGCUUUGGAGAGGACGUAUGCCUCCAUAUUGAAAGGGAAUUCAUCACACUUCACACCCGUGAGACCCCAGCUGACAUCAUCAGUGUCUUUCAGUGAUGCUGAAGUGCAGCACAUCAGGCUGCCGUCUGGCCCUGACCAGGACAAUAAAGAGGAGAAUGAGGAGCAGGAGUCCCGCUACAAUACCAAAGUGCCCUUUCAGGGUCAGGCUAGUGAGCCAAGCCAGACCAUUGACAGGAGUGGGCCACUUAUAAAAAGCCUACUCAGGAGGUCAUUAUCCAUGGACAGCCCCGUUCCAGUCUUCUCCCCCACGCUGGAGCUCAAGGAGCUGCAAAAUCGAGACCAGUCAGUUGUACAGAUGGCACUGAAGACGUCUGUGCCAGAAACCUCUGCCCACAACGGCGACUCAAAAAGAACGUCUCCUCUGGUUCUCAGGUCAAAGUAUACCGGCAGGUAUGAUGGAGAAACUCAGGUAGAAGGAGAGGUGUGUGUGAAAGCUGAGCCCAGCAGUCCACUCGCUGACCCCAUGGACAUCGUACGCAUCACAGUUGGUGAUUCUUUGCCAGUCAGUCUCAAAGACUUUCAAACUAAUUAUGAUCAAGAUCCCAGGGAAGUCUUAAAUCCUGUGGGGAAAAGAAGGGACAGGCCAGACAACAGACGGUACCCAUUAAAGAAGAGCAAACUAUUUAAAGAGCAUGCUCUGUCAGUUAACGUGAAUAUGUCAAAAGCAGUACCUCAGCAUGCCAGCGGCGACCCUAACGAGGACGGCGAGGAGUCACCUCAGAACAAGAUUUUCAAAUGCUGGAAUUGUUUAAAGGUUUUCCGGUCAGGUGCUGGGCUUCAUCGUCAUGUAAAUAUGUAUCACAAUCCGGAAAAGCCGUAUGCUUGCGACAUCUGCCACAAGCGCUUUCAUACCAACUUCAAAGUGUGGACGCACUGCCAAACGCAGCAUGGUGUAGUACAAAACCCAGCGUCGUCCGCCAGCUCCUCUGUUCUUGAUGAGAAAUUUCAAAAGAAGCUAAUAGAUAUUGUGAGAGAGAGAGAAAUAAAGAAAGCUUUGCUUUGGAAGUUAAAGAGGAAUAAGCAGGGUUUGCAGUCUCCUGCAAUUACAAAAAAGAGGUCGAGGCCCAGCUACAUAUGCCCAUACUGUGGCAAGACAUUUGUGUUCCAGUCUCAGUACAGACAGCAUUUAAGGACACAUCCUGCUGAAAAAGCUGACCAGGACACAGCGAGGGAGAGCAUCCUCUACCAGGAACAGGAUGAGAUCAUUCAACAGAAGAACCCUGACACCGGUGUUUACUCCUGUAGACUUUGCAAUAUGAAGCUGUCAUCGCUCCUGGAACAGGGUGACCACGAGAGAGGCUGUCGCCAUGCAACCGUGUGCCCCUAUUGUGGCCUCAGAUUCUCAAGUCCAGUUGUCAAGAAAGACCACGAGGCACAUUGUAAGUACAAGAAACUGACAUGCCUGGAAUGCAUGCGCACCUUCAAAUCCUCCUUCAGCAUUUGGCGCCAUCAGGUGGAGGUGCACAACCACAAUAUGAUGACUGUUAAAGACCACAUUCUCCUGAAGCAACAAGAGAACAAUGAAGAGGAGUCUGAAAUGCUCAAGGAGGAGCAUUACAGUGAUGAGCCUCUAACAAGCGAGAGCACAAGAGAGAACAUCAGUUACAGUGAUUCCUCAGGUCCACCUAUGUAUGACUCUGAAGACUCUUCCUCCUAUGUGCCUGAAGACCUGAGCAUGGGCCACCAUGGCAAGCUGGUAGUGAAGGAAGAGCCGUUGGAGGAGGCUGUGAGUGAGCGGGACAACCCCGAUGCUGCCAAAAGUGGCUCCGAAGAACCCGGUGUGUGGCCGUGCGAGAAAUGCGGAAAUCUUUUCAGCUCUCGCAAAGACUUGGAACGACACCAGGAGCUGCUAUGCCACAUCAAACCAUUCAUCUGUCACAUCUGCAACAAAGCCUUCAGGACCAACUUCCGCCUUUGGAGCCACUUCCAGUCUCACAUGUCGACUGCUAACGAACCCGGAGCCAAAGAGAUCGACAGAAACCCCUCACCUCUGAGCCCUUCCCCUCCACUUACCCCUUCAGAACGUCCCUCCCCACAGGCCUCUGUGCUCAUAUCUACUCAGGCGGCACCGGUCCCUGCUGCUACUGCUGCUGCAACCGCAGGGACCGACGAGUCCAGCAGCCCAGAUCCCUGCAGCUCAUUGGUAAGCAAGACCAAGAGGCCCGAACUGGAACGGCAAACCAGCAGCCAAAGCCCCCUGUCAAGGUCAAACAGCAUGGAGAAUCCAGGCGGCCCUCAGGAAUCGGACACACUCUUUUACCACGCACCGUCUCUCUCUGCCCUGACAUUUAAGAGGCAGUACAUGUGCAAACUCUGCCACAGGACCUUCAAGACGGCCUUCAGUCUGUGGAGCCACGAGCAGAGUCACAGUCACAUGUAAGAUUCAGAUGGCCGAUAGCAGUGAGUUUUUUUCUCGGGAGACAAUACUUACUAUAAGAAUAAACACACCUCAGCCUACAAACAAAAGACUUUGAAUGUAUAGCUUAUUCGCUUGCCUCCAAUGUCAUAUAUUGAAGUGGCCAUGUUUAUUUAGACGCGUAAACGUGAAUGUGCAAUCAAGUGCUAGAUUCCUCUGUGAGAAGAGAUGACUAUAAUUUUUUUUUCUUGCAAAAUGAUCUAUAUGAAUUUAUCUGUUUCAGACCUCUUUUGGUUGUCUAGUUGUAUUUACCUAUCUAGUCGUUUUAAGAGUUGCACCCCUCAAUGUUUUCGACUGAAGGUAGAGAAAAAGGCGGGACAAGUGUUUACGUUGUUCUCUCCGAGUGUGGUGGAAAAAGUGCUUUAAAAUUUUGGAGGCUGCGGUUCAUUUAAAGACGAGAGCUUUUGCUUUUUGUACAAACAUGUGAUUGACAUCCCUUAAGAUAUUAUUGGUGGCCUCAACAAUGUAUUCAAUAUGCACUUUUUUGAUUCUGGUAGGAAGAUAUAAUCCUCAGCGAUUACUCUGGAUCAGUAUGUUUCCCUGACCGAGUUUUUAGGCUGCAGGAGUAAAAGUGACAAUAAAAAGCAUCUAUAACUUUUUUUUUUUU